UAUUGAUACAUUUAUUCAACGAAUUAUAAUAAUACAAUUAAUAAUUAUGAAUGUAUCAAAUAGUGGUUAGUAUUCGAUUUAUUGGAAUAGUCCAAAUGUCACUUUUGAUUGUAAAGUAUUGGCGACCAUGUCUAACGUACUUCAUGAUUAUGUUCGCGGUUUUAAAAUGGUUACACGAGUCUUAAAAUAAUUAAAUUUCCAUUAACGUUUUCGCGAUAAGUCUUGAAAUUAUAUCGUCAUUAAGAAGAUUCGAUAAGUAAUAUCUCAAAUGCUAAUGAGUUAAAUUCGAUUUGUAGGACUUCAUUUCCGUAUUGUGAUAUUAGUUUAAAUCGGCGUGCACAUAACCUGAAGAUUUUUUUCCGCCAAUUGAUUCUAUCAAUGCUUUUUUGUGGAAUCAAUGCAAGGUAGAAAUACUUAUUGAAAUAUGAGAGACCUGGAGGAAACGCAUUGUGAGGUCCGCAAAGUGAUAGAUCUUCAACUACCAAUAUGGGAUCGUUUAAACAAUUUAGGUGGCGAAGAGUCAGGGCUACCUGUGGGAUCACAGAUAUACAAGGGUUCAGCAAAUCCCUUGGGUGGUUUUCUACAUGAUACGAUGUAUGCAUGGAUAAGUUAUGGACCUCGUCUUGUUGUCCUGAAUGUUAGAACUGGAGAAAACAUAGCAUCAUGGACAUUCCAUGAUAAAGUCACUUGUGUGUCUCGAUUCCCUGUUCUGUGUGGCCAAGUACCAUUGCUUCUAGUAGGCUUGGAUAAUGGGGCAACCAGGAUCAAAGACUCAGCGGGAAUGGUCUGUGUAUUUGAUUGUUCAACCUCUCGUAUCCUCAGAGCAAUAAGAGUUCCAGCUGGUGUCGAACAAGUGUGUGUUGUAAAUGGAGGUGCUGAAUGGGAAGAAUUAACUGAUGAAAGAACAGACAGUAUUCUAAGGGAAAACUGUGGAAUGGCCUUUGUAGUCCUCCGCAAUCUUUAUCACAUAGUGAUUGACCUUAGACGCUCUUUAUGGGAUGGUGAUAAUUCAUAUUUGAUCUUGGACGAGUCGUGUCCUACGGAAAUUGAAUUUAACGAUAGCAAAGACAUAAGGAAACACUCAUCAUCGUCCAGACACCGGCAGUACAUGGAAAAACACGCAGCAUGCAAUUUACUCAACAGUCGAAUCGAACAGUACAUAAGGUUCAACCGGGAAGAGUUCGAACAGGCCCUACUUUACGAGGACAGUUUAACCUCAACUGUGAUCAGCUCCAGAAAAAUCGGAUGCCUAAUUUCCGGUUGUCUUGGCAGAGUAAUAAUUUGGCAGAACGAUGGUUCCGUAGGUUGGGUCUGUCCUCCUAUCGAUGAGAACAUGGCCGUCAGUCAUCUAGCUCUACUGGAGCCUGCCGAUGACCCAAAACCUUUCUAUUACCUCUGGGUCGCCUACCAAGAAGAAUCAUCAAGAAAGCCACCAGUCCUAAGGAUGUACGCUUUACUGUUCGAAAGAAAGUACUGUGACAAAGGAACUAAUCUCUACUUCAAUCUGGAGGGUGAACCCAGUUUAAAGUUCGAAUUCGAGCUCGAAGAAGGCGACAGAAUAACUAGUCUCUCAACCAUCGAACGUGGUAGCAAUCAGGAACAAACGGAAUCCAGUUACAAACGCGGUGAAGACAGUCUGUUGCUAAUCGGUGUCGAUGGCAGGACCUUCUUAUUCGAUUUGAAUCAGUGGUACAAGGAACAGAUGCCACGUACUUUUAGCGAAUGUGAAAAUCCAAACAGUAUAAUGACCAGUUACAGAACUAAGUCCAGGGUCCAGGGUAUGGCUGAGGAUGCUACACUAAGUUGCACUUACGUUCCAUCAAGUUUACACGAAUUUCUGAGCAACAGUACUAACCCACCUGAAGAACUGCUCUAUCCAAACUCACUAUCCCUGGAAUGGCUGGAACUUAGUAUGAAUCGUCUAACCUUCUGGAUGACUCGUGGUGUGCAAUGGGAGCUUUUGCGUGACAUGGCAGCCGCUGGACCCGCGAUACUUAUCCAACCGUCUGAGCCUUUUCACAGAUGUCUAGCAGUUGGUUUGAUUCCUUUCAAUACAGACUGUUCAUUUUCAAGUGAUCAUAACGCACAGAGAGAGAUGUUGCUCUCUCUUUGUCUGGAACAACGAUGGUCCACUUUUUUAAUAAGGUGCGCCAGGGAUUGGUCUGACGGCAGUGUCGCCUAUCUGUAUCCGGCAUUUCUAAGGUGGGGCGCGCAACGAGCGUCCAUGAUUAAAAUAACAGCGGAUCGACUCUGCGUUCCUCUCUUUGACCAAUCCGGUAACUCAAUUAGCGAAGCUGACGUUAAGACGUUGCGUUUCUGCUCUCAACAGCUUGAAUGCUUGUCCAACGUAGUGGCGAAGAUACCUACAGAAUCAUCAGAUUUACAAAAACAGCAGAGAGCCUUGGGAAGGGUCACUACGUAUCUCCAGGUGGUACUCUGGUUCUACGACGUGGGACUCUUGCCAGAGACGCAGGAUCUUGACGAAGAAGCUUUACCUAUCUCUCUGACAAUGAGAAUUCCUUAUCCUUAUGAGAGACUGGCUACGUUCUACAAGGAGAGACGUGUUCAAAUGAAGAAUAAAAGCAGACGUGGGGACGAGCUUCAGGAAGAUCUCUUUAUCGACGAACUCAUAACACGGGAGUGUUCACCUUUGAGAUUACAAUGGGAACGAGAAGGUGGUGACGCAAGUCUGGAAGGUUAUUAUCCUCCAACGUCCUUACAAUCCUUAUUGAGAAGUUAUCUCACUGAUUGUAAUGAGUCAUUGACGAAUGAGAUGGAGCACAAACAUCAGAUAACGAUCUAUCUGCUGAUGGAUUUAGCUAUGCUUCUUCAAGGAUCUUGUCCUGGUGUAGACAGACUGAUAAAGUAUCCUUCGGCAUUUAAGAUGAGUCCAAGUUUGAUAAAACUUACACAAGCCUUUUGGCUGCUCGACCAUCAGGAUUACCAGGGUUUCCUAGACAUGAUGACUGGGCAGUUGGUAUCUGAUUCUGAUGUUAAGGAUUGGCAUCAUAAGUUCAUCAUCAGAACUUUGCUCCACAACGAUCAACACAAACUAGCCCUGACUUAUUUGAGAGUUCGAAAACCUCCAUUGUCAUCUGUCAAUGAUCAGAGUACUGCUAUUACCCUUUCCGUGGAGCAUGGUCUGGUCCAUUCUGCUUUUCAUAGACGAUUACCAUCUCACUAUGCUCAGCUGCUAAACUGCUUCUUCCAAAGUUGCAAGUCACGGGGUAUUCUUAAUGACAUUUUACAUUUGGCCCUGGAUCCUGAGGAAGAGGAAGCAUUUGUGAAGUUUCUCGAGGACAACAAGUGCGAGGAAACAAAACUUCUUUACUACUUGCAAAGAUGUCGGUAUACAGAAGCCAGUAAUAUGCAUACUUCUGGUUUGGAUAGAAAUUAUCUUCAAAAGACUUUCCCUUCGAUACCUUUGACCAUGCUCAAUGCCUAUCAUUCUACGUUACCGGAAGUCACCAGAAACUUUUCUACGAAUGUCAGUAAGAGGAACUUGGUGAUCGAUCCUGAGUGUAGAUACUCUAGACCGAUGUCACACUGUAAGAGUUACAACAGAAGUCAGGGACUGUACGAAACGGUGAUUAAGAAAGCCAAAGAGACAUUCGUUAGAGGCGAUAGAACUCAAAUUCCAUUCAUCAGCGCUCCUUGUAGCUCAUUGAGAAUGAACAGUUGCAAUAAUACUGAUUGCGUCCUCUUUCCUGUUUUGGCACGCAAAACCUAUGGCAAAAGAACAUUAGAUCAAACACGAGAAGAUGAUGACGAGGAGAGAAAUGUUCUAGAAGAUAGAAAACGUAGGAAAAUUCAUGAUAAUACUGAUAGUGUGGACAAGACCGAUACCAGAGAACUAGGUAUGAGCAUGGCUUUUGAUACGCCAUUGAUACAGAAGAAAAGACAAUUGAAUUCUAAUAAGAAUUCUUCUGCAGAGACUCCGCACUCUAUUUUAAAGAUCAGACAGCUUAUUCGAAAUUCUACGUCGCCUACUGCAAGGAUUAUAGAGACGAGUGCAAGAGAGAGUGAAGAGAAAGAAUCAUCUAAUGAAAAAGGAAGAAGACCAACUAGACAAAUUCGAUUUAGCAUUACACAGCCCAGGGAUGAUUCCGUCUGUUCAGAUUUGGGCGAUAUGGAAAAUGACAUUGAAGAUCAGAAGGAUGAGGAGGAAAAUCCGGAAGAUGUUAACGAAAAUAAAGAGGAUACAUCCAAAGAAAGCAACGAAGUCUUUUUCAGUCCCAAUAUCAGUACUAAAUCCCAUAGCGAAAGUAUUCUAUUGACAGACAGUAGCUACAGUGGCAGAAGUAUUGCUGGUCCACGUCCAAGACCAAGUCUAAGAAGAAGCACACAGUUAGCAUCUAAUGAAUCCUUGACUGAUCUUUCAAAGAUUUUGCCCAGAACGGCAAGUCCUAUACUCUCGAAAUCUUCCUUAUUGUCAAGCUCCAAUACUCCACCUAUUACACCCAGAGGAAUAGCUCGUGCUCGUAGUUCAUUACUCGCUUCAUCAAUUUACGCCUCUAGUAUUCUAUCUGACAGCAGUAAUGUAGACUUUUCACCGAUUCUAAAACUUCCCCAGAGUGAGAGCGCUUCUCCGUCCGUGGACAAGAAGCAGGACUCUAUUGACGAGAAAUACAAAAUGAAGGAACUAUCAUGCCCGGUUGAGGAAGAAUAUAAAAACACUACAGGAAAAAGAUUAAUUUCCACAUCCUACAGCAAGACAAUUUCUGUCAAAUCCAGCACGGUUACGAAGAUCAGCACUUUUGAGGAACAUGGUGCUCGUGGUGAUGACGAAGUUCUUAUGGAAGUAGAUGAUUUUGGAUUGGAUCGCGAACCAGAAGUAUGCUUUGAAGAUUCUGAACAGUUUGAUAAAAGAUUGUUUGGUAAAGAGCCAAUGAACGUCGAGGUGCAGAAUGUUUCUCAGGAUAGUUCAGAAGUAAGUAUCAAAGAAAUUGUAGAGGAUAAGGAGAACUUAUCGGAUGAACAACAGAUGCAAAUUGAAAGAAAAGAAGAAAAUAAUAUUAAACCUAGUAAGAAGAGUAUCGUUACAACUUCUGAGGAACAGGUUAACUCUUCGAAUGAAGAUAAAGAACAAAAAAGUGUUCAUAAUGUUUCUGAGGAUUCCGAAGAGGAAUUGAUUGCUCUCAAAGAUAAGGAUAAGGAUGAGGAUGAGAGCAAAGAGGAGACUUUUCAGAGUUUCUCAAAUUCUCUCAAUGGUAGUAUUCAGAAUAAUCUUAAGCCCACAGACAAUGUGUCUCAGAAUUAUUCGCAGGAAAUAUCAUUCAAUAAAAAUAGUGUCAAAGAAGUUGCAAGAUCCUACAAUGAAAAUUCUAAUAUUACGGAUGAUGAGUCUGUACAGAGUAUCCAGGAUAUUGAACCUGUUUGUCAGGAAGUAAAUAAACCUGUACAGAGUAUCCAGGAUAUUGAACCUGUUUGUCAGGAAGUAAAUAAAUCUGAAACAGGAGCUAAUACUGCAUCUGCACCAGCAUCACAGGAAUCAAAAAAUAUCUAUGACAUGUCUAACAUUACUGACGAUGAAUCCGAUGUCAGUUUGGACGUCAUUGACAGUGUUACGCGCAGAGCAUCUACUAAAAAAAAUGAUACUAAUGAUAAUCAUAACGUGAGUACCCGAAAGUACUCCAUAAGGUCUCAAAGAUCUGCUUCGGUUGCAUCAAAGUUAUCUGACGACCUAGACAAUGUCAGCGAUCAUUUAGAAUAUUCUGAGAUAGCGCAUUCCGCAUCGCCAAACGUUACAGAUGUCCUAGAGAAGCUAGGCAAGACAAGGAAGCAGGAGAACACUCUAUUGGCAUCAGUAAGUGAUGAUGUAUUUCUUACAAAUGAUAGCAAUAAGUCCAAGUUGCAAGUAUCUACGAAAGUCAAGGCAUCAGCUGGUAAAAAUACAUCUUCCAAAAAAAGCCAGGAACCUGAAGAAACUAAAGAUACAGAAUCACAGAAUGAUACACCAGCACGGAUAACUAGAUCACGUAGAUCAUCCUCAGUAAUAAGAAAGACUAGAGCGCAAUCCGAAUCUGAGUCUCAUCCCGGGGAAGUAGAGAAAUCAGGAAGAUCACGGCGUGCCAGUUCUCUAGCUAAGGAAGUUCUGAUAUCAUCCAUCAGAACGACUGAUGAAAGUUUUGGUAAAAUGGCCUCCUCAGGGUCGGAAAGUUCUUUGGAUAUACUUACACCAAAGAAAGGUAGAACCAGAAGAUCCUCAUCAUUGGCGAAAGACGUAAUCCCUUCACCAAUUCCUGAAGAAGCACAGGAAGAGAAGGUUGAGAUUCCACUCAGAAGAAGUACUAGACGUGCAGCAUCUGUUCAAAAGGAAAUUCCCACAGUUUCUAAGACAAGUACUCGAAAAAGUAAAAUGUCUGCCUCUACCUCCAGCUUGGAUGCAUUGGAAGAGAGUGAAGAUGAGAUGCCUAAGAAGAAGGGAACCAGAGGUAAAAGAGAAUCUUCAGUAUCAAAGGAAGCAGAUACUUCUUUGACAACAAGAACAAGAAGAGCUUCUUCACUGGCUAAGGAAACUCCAGAAGAACUUCCAAAGAAUAGUGGUAAGAGAUCAACAAGGAAACGAGCAAGUUCUGUGCCUAAAGAUACCUCAAUACUAGUAUCUAGAGCAUCAAGAGCAAGCAGCGUGGCCAAAGAAACAAUUCCUGAAGAGUCUGAUGAAGAUCUGACUGAACACAGAACAAGAUCUUCAACUAAAAUUGAGAAAGAUCUUACCAGUAGCCCAGCUGGUAAUACUCGAAGUCGUAUAUCCUUAUCCAUGCAAUCCAUACCUGAAGAGGUCGAUGGAAUAUUAAGUUCCACAUCCAAAGGAAAAUCCUCCACGGCUAAAGCAAAGAAAAAGACUACACAGACAGAAAGGGAAAGAAGAGCAGCUAGUGUAGAACCUAUACAAACGGAACCCAAGAGAAGAACACGUAGUAUCCUUGCCAAAAGUGCCAUAACUGAAGAUGUUAUAGAAGAAGAACCAGCAGAGCAAGCCACAGUAACUAAGAAAACUACUACUAGGAGAAAACGUACGACAUCCAGUACCAGUGUUAAGGAUCAGGGAGAAGUAGAAAAACUUAAAAGAACGAGAAGAUCUUCAUUGCGUAGCGUUGAAGGCGAUGAAAGUUUUCAUUUCUCAGCACCAGAUCAGGCAUUCAUAGAAUCAGAUGACGAACAAGAGGCAGUAGGUGAAGUACCGGACUAUGUAUUUUCACCACCUCAUACUAGAUCAAAACAGCUUACCCCAACACAGCCUCGUAGAAGAUUGAAACACUUCAUUUCACCAUUGACAGAAGAAGAGCAGGUAUCAAAUGAAAAGAGAAUUUCGCGAAUAGCCAAGAGUCAGGUAGCCAGAAAUAUUUUCCUGCCACGUUACAGAACGGAAUUUGUGUUACCCAAAAAAAUCUAAAAAUACAUCCUCCGAGUGAAUCAUGUUUCUUUAUGAAAAUACAGUAUAAGGUAAUGCCAGUAAUUUAUACUUUCCUUUGAAAUAUAUAUAUAUAUUAAUGCAUAAACACCGCUUGAAGAGAGUUAUAAUAAUUCUGUGAUUCGUAGUAAAAGGAUAAUCACAACCUAAGGCAAAGCAAAUAAUGAAGUUAGGUGCCUAUACCGCUUUUGUAAGAUUAAUUUGCAUUAAUAACUGUAUUAAUUAGUUAAUGAUAUUUCUUACUGCUGUACUGUUAAUUCAAUUGUGCCAGGAUGAAACGACGUUCUUUAUUGUAGCCAUUAUAUUACAAUAAACAAUGAACGUUUCAUUCUUGUACCAUUUACACACUACGUUAAUCAAAUAUUAUCAAUCUUGAUUAUAACAUAUGCAAGACUCGGUCGCAAUAUAUUUUCUUAUUAAUUUUAUUUUUUGGAACAAAUUUAACCUUAGAAAAUGACAACUUUUACUUUUAUCCAUUUUGCAAUAUACGUCAGGCAUUUUUCACUAGAGAUUGUGAAAAGCCAAAUAUUGUACACGAUUUAUAAUUUCCUGUGAAUUUAGUCAUACGAGUGACUCGAUAUAAAAUUUCAAAGAUCUUACAAAACAGGCAUACUUCAUGUCAAAAACGCUCAGAACGCACAGUGCAUAUAAAUAAAUAAAAGCACUCCUUUGGCUUUAAAAAAUAGAUACACGUUGCUGUAUGAACGUAAACAUCCUACUUUUUCUGCCAUGUAUCUUAAUUGUUAAAGAAAACAAUUAUAUUAUGUUAUCACUAGAUUCUCAGAUAUCUAGACGAAUGUAUAGUUUCAAGUGGAAAAAUAGUAAAAGCCUCUUCUGCUGUUUACUGUAAAAGAACAAAGUGCAUUCGACAACUGAUUAAAUUGCAAAAAACCAAUCUGAUUCUAUCAUGCAUCAUGUUCUUUUAAUAACUAUAUUUUUCUUUACUCUUUACGUUAUUUGCACGCUAAAAAAUGAUACGAGAUAAAUGAACUGCUAAACACAAGAGCUAAUGGUUUGAAAACUUAUAAAAGGACAAAGAUCAUUUUGUACCAUAAGGUUGUAAAUAAUUUAUUGAUAUGUUCAUGUAUAGUUAUAUUAAUACAAUAAACGUGUAAGAAAAUUAA